AUGUUUAACAAUCAUAGUAGUGAAGAUGAAAUUAUGGAGAUAGGUUCUCCUGAAUCAAAUCCGAAUCUUAAAAUUCUAGAUGGAAAAUUUUAUAAAGUAAUUCAUGUGAAAAAGAACAAGGUACAAGCUGAAUGUCAAAAUUGCACAACCGAUAUUCCUGUCGUGAUUUCUUGCGACGCUUCUGAAGAUGGUCUAGGAGCUGUUAUUGCACACCGAUUUCUUACUGACCAGGAAAAACCGAUUGCUUACGGAUCGAGGACACUUUCCACGGCUGAAAAGAAUUACACCACCAUUGAUCGAGAGGCUUCGGUGAUCAAGUUCGCUUCGAGAAGUGAUAAAAAAGACCUAAAUAAAAUAACAAAUAGCCGUUUAAUACGAUGGGCGACGAAGCUUUUAAAUUACGACUAUGAGAUAAUUCAUAGGCCGAGUAAUCAAAACAGAUGCGCCGACGGUCUGUCCCGCUUGGGGGUAGAGAGAGAAAAAAUUAAUGAAGUUAAAAAAAAAUUUGAAGAUGAAAUUAGAGAAGUAAAAAAUCAAUUUAAUAGAAGAUUUAUCGUUCACUCGAAAUCGGCCCCUUAUAGCCCCAAAUCGAAAGGUUUGGCUGAGCCUUAUAUACGUACGAUAAAGAUGCGUUUCUAUGCUGGAAGGAGAGGUGGUACUCCGGACCAGUUAAAUUUAUCGAAUGUUUUAAUUACUCACCGAAAUACUCCAAAUGCAAUUUACGGUAAAUUCCCUGCCGAAAUGAUGUUUGGAAGGCCGCUCAGGUCGACGUUAAAUCAAUGGAAAUUAUCUACGAGAGAAAGGACUGAAAACUCGUAUGGAAACAAAAAUAUUAUAAAGAUAGGAACGUUGAGUCCUGUGAAUUUGAAGAGAAGCAAAAGGUUUGGGUAG